AUGUCCACCACCGCGGAGCCUAGCCGCAAACCCAUGCCCUCCGCCUUGACUUUUGCCCGGCACGCCAAAUGCUCGACUACCAAGGCCCGCGCCAGCACUCUCCAUCUCCCCCAUGGCUCGGUCCCGCUGCCGAUCUUCAUGCCUGUCGCGACGCAGGCCUCCCUCAAGGGUCUGACCUAUGAUCAGCUCCGACAGACGGGCUGUAUGCUCUGCUUGAAUAAUACUUAUCAUCUAGGUCUAAAGCCUGGUCAGGCGGUUUUGGAUGCCGUUGGCGGGGCCCAUAAGUUACAAGGAUGGGAUCGGAAUCUCUUGACUGAUAGCGGCGGUUUCCAAAUGGUCUCGCUUCUGAAACUGGCUACCGUGACCGAGGAAGGCGUGCGCUUCCUCAGUCCACACGAUGGCACCCCAAUGCUCUUGACACCCGAACACUCUAUCUCUCUUCAAAAUUCUAUUGGCUCCGAUAUCAUCAUGCAACUAGACGAUGUGAUUGCAACCACAUCGCCAGAUCAUGCCCGCAUCAAGGAAGCAAUGGGGCGGUCUGUCAGGUGGCUGGACCGGUGCAUUGACGCGCAUAAAAAUCCAGAGAGCCAAAACCUUUUCUGUAUUAUCCAGGGUGGUCUUGACCUGGAGUUGCGGCGGCAGUGCUGCGCCGAGAUGGUGGCUCGAGAUACACCUGGAAUCGCCAUUGGGGGCCUUUCUGGAGGUGAGGCAAAGGAGGAGUUUUGUAAGGUCGUGGAUACAUGCACGGGGCUUCUUCCAGAGGAAAAGCCGAGAUACGUGAUGGGCGUGGGAUAUCCCGAAGAUAUGAUUGUGGCGAUAGCAUUGGGUGCAGACAUGUUCGACUGUGUGUGGCCCACACGGACAGCGCGCUUCGGAAAUGCCAUCGUCUCAUCUGGCACAUUAAACCUCGGACACAAAACCUAUGCGCAAGAUUUCGGCCCUAUUGACGAAGAAUGCACCUGUGCCUGCUGUCGCCCAACCAAGCAGGGAGGCCUUGGAAUUACGCGGGCGUAUAUGUUCCAUGUGACGCAGAAAGAGACGGUUGGCGCCCAUCUUCUCACGAUUCAUAACGUCCAUUUUAUGCUGUCACUCAUGGGUGCUGCGCGGCAGGCAAUCCUCGAGGAUCGAUAUCCUAGCUUUGUUCGGGAUUUUUUCUCCAAGAUCUAUGAUGGCGAUAAAUCGAAGUUUCCCGAGUGGGCGGUGGGUGCAUUGCGCGGGGUUGGGGUGGACUUGUUGGCGGAGUAA